AUGGUGGAACGUUAGACCACCAACACCAACACCAACACCAACACCUCUCUCUCUCUCUCUCUCCUGCCACUUUCUGGGACGAUGACGAGAAUAAAGAAUGGACACUACUGGUUCUUAAUAACAACGAUAGUAGUGAUAUCAAUGUGUUUAUCAUCGUCUUCGUUGGCUUUUCAAUCCGACGAACUUUUGCUCGACGACGAAGAGUUCGGGCUCGAAGGGGCCCGAUCUCCUCCUGAUCUCCAACUCACCACCCCCACCCGAUCCAUUCCUCCUCCACCUGCUACUGUUACUCCUUCACAGCCAACUAGCCCGGCCCGAACCAAAUCAUCGGAUCCGGACUCCAAAGUCCAGUUCCCGCUCGAGCACGCCUUUGGGGACUCCGACUUCUCCCCCGCCGGCACCUUCACUGCUCGCCUCAAGACCUGGUCUCACGGUGGACAGACUCUUACCAAACUUAGGUUUUCAAGGGAGGCUUUUACAGAAAUAGAGAAGGAAAAGUUCAAGAAGCUAUUGGAAGGCGACAAUUUCUACAGGAUAAGAGUGCCAUCUAAUGUUUUGAGCCCUCCAGGGAGGGAUUACAUCAUUUCAUCAGUGAAAGCGAGAUGCCUUCCACAGGAUCGUUUGGAUGAACAUUUUGUUAUACACAUGGACGGUGUUAAUAUCUUGGCUGUUAAUUAUGGUUCUCCUGGUGCAUGUCCAUAUCCUCGGCAAUUGAAACUUCCUGCAAAGUGGUCAUUCAACUCACACACCGUCUUAAAGAACAGCGAGCAGGCACCAAGAAUUGUGACAUUUGUGGAUGAGAUCCUUGGUGGUGAGACUGGAGAGGGUGAAGUUGUAAAGCCACCAGAGAGAUCAUUUUGGGCUAAAUAUUGGAUGUAUUUGAUACCUCUUGGAAUAAUUGUGAUGAAUGCUAUCACCCAAGCUAUGAAUAUGCCCGAGGAGCAGGCUACUUCUGGCCAAUCAGCCUCUCAAAUUCCACAGCAAACUACGGCGGCGAUCCGUGGGGGGCCAACUGUAGCUGUGAGAAGAAGAUGAUGACAUGACACACUCCCCUUACUCUUUAUUAUUAUUUUUGUUCGAUCAUCAGUUUGUUAGAAUACAUUUAAGGUGGUUUGGGGUUGAUUCAUAUGUAAAAGUGAAAUCUAUUAUUGCCUCUUUAGAUGUAGCUGAUCACACUAAAGUAUUGUAUUGUACUUUUAGGUUUUUUUCGCUUAUUGUGCUGCAGCAUUGGCAACACAGAUACUACCAUCAUUUUGGAAUCUUCAAUUUUGUGAGCCAUCCUGGGGUUGGGGGCCAAAUAGUCCUUGAAAGAUAACUUCAUUUUUAAUUUCACUGUUUGUGGUUCUCUCUCUCUGCUAGCUAGCAUAGUUCCUUCGUGUACUGUAUCUAGUGUAUUCUUUGUCA